AUGGCCUCUACCACCACCACUACCUUUGACUUUGGCGCCUCGGCCUACCCCCAAUCCCAGCGCUCGGCUGCCGCCCAGCGCAUGCGCUCUCUCCUUCUCAUACCUCGUGGUCCGGCCUUCCGCCCACGCACAACUACCGCCCCGACGGGCUCCACUACUACCCCAGCCCGACGACCCUUUGCGUUCCCCGUCAUCGAGGAUGACGACAGCGCCAGCGAUAGCGAGGACUCCAUUUCUGAAUCAGAAUCCGAUGCGGAGAGCGUGCAAACGGCGGCGACUAGUGUGGCCAGCUUGGCUCUGCCUGCUGUCAAGGACGUGCCGAUGUCCAAACCCACAAUGGCUACGACAACGAAGCCAGUCACACAAUACCUCUACCAGGGCGGGCGUACCGGCGUAGUCAGCGGCGGAGUUAUGCUCGGCGGGCAGCGCUCUUCAGCAGCUGCUGUCGCAAAGCCCGUCGUUCCUUCAAUCGCGGCCAAGAAGACUAUCAUGGCCAAAAACUCAAACUCGAAGACAGCUGGCACAGGCUGGCGCGCUCCUUCAGCUGCUGCGGGAAACUGGCGUCGAGCGUGA